AAAAAACUGGAGAGAUUAAAAAUAUUUUAGAUAAAUUAAACAUAAUAAUAAAAAUUUUCAUAACUGAUUGAUUUCUAAUGCUCAGAGACUGUUUAAAACAAAUUGCAAGAAAGUUAGUCGCUAACUAAUUAAGUAUGCUCCGGGAGCUGAUCGCCUGGGUAUUGAAUACGUAUCUAGGAAAAUAUUUGGAAGAUUUUAAUCCUCAACAACUUUCAGUUGCUUUACUUUCCGGCGAAGUUGAAUUAGAGAAUGUUCCAUUACGAAAGAAUGCUUUUAAUGGUUUGGGUCUACCUCUACAAAUUUUAAGUGGAUGUGUAGGCAAAAUUAAGCUUCAGGUGCCAGUGCGCGCGUUUCGCUCAGCACCUUGGUGCAUAAUAAUAGAACGUCUUUAUAUUGUUAUUGGACCAAAAAAUUUAGAAGAUUGGGAUGAUGAAAAAGAAAAAAAAUAUGAUUUGGAAUAUAAAUUAUCAAGAUUAGAUGAUGUCGAAGCAAAAUUCCGUGCACAAAAAGAAAUAAAUUUAGAAAAUAAUUAUUAUGCUUCAUCGUACUCAGGAUGGCUUAGUUAUGGUAGUGGCUUAGCUACAAAUAUUAUUGAAAAUUUACAAUUAAAAAUUAAAGAUGUUCAUAUACGUUAUGAAGAUUCAAUAUCUAUACCAAAUUUUCGUUUUGCAUGCGGUGUAACGAUAAAUUCACUAACUGCACAAAGUUGUGACUCAAAUUGGAAUCCAGGUUUUAAUUCAUCUUGGAGUCAAAAUUUAGCAUCAUUUAAAUUAGUUGAACUACAAUCAUUUGCAUUUUAUUGGGAUCGUUUAACAAAUGAUACUACAUUUGGUGACUGUGAAGCUGAUGACCUAUCGAUAGCCGUGCAGAUAGCAAGCCAAGACAAAACACAUCGGUAUAUAAUUCAGCCCAUAAGCGCCAAAGCCCACUUUAAGCAAGAUAGAAGCGAAACACCAUUAAGAACAAGAAACAGACCUAGAUUGUCUUGUGAAGUUACAGUUAAUCAAAUACAUUUAUCAUUGACUGAUUUUCAAUAUUCACAAAUAAUAGAAAGUUUUCGAGGACUGAAUGUUAUAAGCAGGCUUCAUACAUAUCGUAUCUUAAGACCAUCGUGUUCAGUCAAAGAUAAUCCAAAAAAAUGGUGGCACUACGCAGUUAAGUGUCACGGAUAUGAAUUUGAAAGUUUUGAGAAAAAAAUAAAGAAAUGUGGGGAAAAUAUACGUUACAUAAAAAUUUACACGAGGAUCGUUGCCAACCCAAAUGAAAAUCUUUCUGCAGAAGAUAAAGAAUUCAAAACUGAAGUAGAAAAGUGUCGUAAAUUAGAAGAGCUAAAGCAGUUGCGUGAAAUAUGCUUUUUUAAAUUAACUUUAGAAAAUGACGUACAAACAGCAAGUAAACAAAGUAGUAUGCUGUUUCAAUGGUUUCCAAUGUGGUGGGGCUGGUAUGGGUCUAGCGCAACUAAUGGAAAUUUAACAGCAACGUCACCAACAGAUUUGGUAAAUGAAAAUGGUUCAACGAAUGAAGAAAACGACAUAGAAGAUGAUAUUUUAAACGCUUUAGAGGAAAACAACCCAAUUGAUGGAAACUCAUUAUUAAAAAGGGAUGCUGUUUUUGGUAAAUUUAAUUUCGUACUAAUUAGUGGCCAAUUGAAUAUAUGUAGCGAAGACAUACAAAGCACAAAUUAUGUAACAAUGAUGGAAAUGAAUUUUGACAAUCUACGUUUAGAUUUUGAAACACGACCAAGAUCAAACUCACAUUUGGUUGAACUAUCAAUGGGCUCGGUUUGCGUUCGUGAUUUAUUAACAAAAGACUCAGUAUUCCCAGAAUUGAUAAAGCCUCAAAAUAAAGAGGAUCACAUGCCGACAUUUGCACGUUAUCAAUCUCAAAAAACUGCUUCCAACAUUAAAAAAGAACAAUCAAGUUCAACUUUAAAUAACGAGAAUGGCGAGGAACCAUGGUUUCAAUUGCAAUACGAGCGUAAACCAUUAGUAUACAAUACUGAUUACAGAUUGGCUGUUAAAACUAAAUCGUUAGAUAUAGUUUACAACGUGGAAGCAGUAAAAUGGCUUACAGAAUUCUUUAUGAAUCCGCUGCAAGUUGCAAAUGCAAAACAAAAAUUAGAACAAAUAAAAUAUAGUACCAAAAUGAAACUAAUAAAAAAUUGGAAGAGUAUGCUAGAAGGCGAUUUGGGUCAAAGAAAAUUUUGGUCAUUAGAAAUAGAUAUUGCAGCACCACAGAUUUUGUUCAUUGAAAAUUUCUGUAAUAGAAACACCACAAUUGUGAUAGUGGAUUUUGGUCAUUUUAAACUGUUGAAAAAUGCUACAAAAGACAAAAUUCGCCAAUCAAAAAAAAUAAAAAAUGGUCAAAAUGGUGAUGUUAUAACAUCACCUGGUUCAACUUGCAAAUACGACCAACGAGAAAGUGAAGAAGAGGAUGCUUUUAUGACCCCAUGCUCAACUCCCCCUGGUUCCGAGAAAACAGGUUCUGACUCUCCAACCGUAUGUUCAAACAUUGAUAUAAAUCCUGAAGUUGUACUAAAUGAAAACACGGGACUAGAAAACGCUUUUCAUGAUAAAAUAUAUGAUAAAUACAUAAUUGAUUUGACAGAUUUGCAAGUUUUAGUUUGUAAAAGUAAAGAAAGAUGGAAUUUUGCUAGUUCCAAGGGUUCUUCUGCGUUACAUAUUUUAGACCGUUUCAGUAUUGCCUUACAGUUGGAACGCCGUGUUAUAAAUACAAUUGAUCCGGAAUAUCCUUCACUAACAUUAUUCGGAACUCUUCCUAAACUUGUGGCACACGUUAGCGAGCAAAAAAUAUUAGCUUUAACAGACAUUUUAAACAUAAUAAAUUAUGAAUCAAACAAUGUAUUGACAACACAAAAAUCAAUAGAUUUUAUGACAGAAAAGACGACCGAUGAAAUUUUAAUGGAUAACGUCGAUGAAAGCAUUGAAGACGAAAAUCAGAAAAGUCUCCAAGAGCAAUUGAGUUUGAUUGUCAUACAAUUUGUUAUUGAUCAAUUAUCUUUGGAAGUACAGUCAAGAGGAAGAAGUGUAGCGGAAUUACAAGUAACAGGUGUUCGCGCAGCUUUAAGCAAAUUAGGCGAAAAAGAAAUAAAUUUAUCAUUGUCUGUCCACGGUUUACUUUUGGUUGAUGCUAUACAAUCUUUUGGUCAAGAUUUCGAGCUUUUAAUUGCAAGCCAUCGUCAUGUUGGUAUGGACAGUGUAUCCGGCAGCUUAAAACAAAGUGAGCCAUGUUCUCCUACGUCUCCUGGAUCUCCAGACCCACUAAUGGAUAGAAGACCAACUAGUCCUCAAGCAAUUACAAAGGCUAUAAGCACAUUGCAAAGAGAUAAUUCUGCUUCUUGGUCUCACAUUGAUGAUUUAGAUGCACUUAUUACAAUGGAAAUAAAUUUUAUACAACCGGACCUUAAAAACUCGGAGCAACUAAGAAUCGCUAAUAUUAAUUUUAAUAAUUUAGAUAUUAUAGCAAAUCAAGAAACUAUUGUUGAACUGUUGGGAUUCAUUAAUCGAGUUUUUCCAUCUAAGAAGCAUAAGUCUAACAAUCAAACUCCUCAUAAAAUACCAAAACUUGAAACUAUUCAAAAACAAGAUACUCUUACUUCUGGAAACGCGGGAUCGAUAACUAAUGAAAUAAUUCGCACGGAAAUAACAUUUGAUUUCAAUCGUUUAAACGUUCUUGUUGUCAGAGCUUUAAUGAGAGAUUCCUUUUUGGUUGGACGUAAAGUCGGGACCUUUACACUAAGCGAAGCAAAAAUACACGCAAUAUUUUCAUCUGGGUCACAAGUUUCAGUUGAAGGAUCUUUGGGUGGACUUCAAAUUUUAGAUCUAACGCCAGAAGGUAUAAAUCAUCAACGCAUAGUAUCCGUAGGUAAGGACCCAUUAACAGAACCACCACCAGGUCUUUCAAAUCAAGAUUUAUUAAGCUCUUUGACGCAAGAAAUCUAUGGCAACUCCAAUCAUAGUAAUAAUUCAAAAGAAAAAUUAAGAACUCAACUUCAAGCAUUGUCAUUUAAAAUAACACGUGAUAUUACUGCCACAGUGAACAUACAAAUUCGAAUGGCAUCAGUUUGGUAUACACACUGUGCAAGAUUUGUUCAAGAGCUUAACUGGUGUGCUACAGAGUUUAAGCAUUAUUUAAAGAUUUUUGCAAAAUCAAUUCGCGAAAAAGCUACUGAUAUGGCAUAUGGAUUAGUUCAACCUAUAAACAACUUUGAUGAAAAUGUGCCAUAUAAUCAGCCAACUGAAAGUAUUAUAACUGAACAUGAAAAAAUGUUCUCACGUAAAAUUGAUAGCCCUAGAAAAAUAAAAAAUAAUAAAAAUUUUAAAAAAGUUACAAUUAAGUUAGAUAUCUUGCUUGAUACACCAGUUUUAGUAGUUCCACGUUCUAGCUGCAGCGCUCAGGUUUUAGUUGCACAUUUGGGAAAAAUAAUUGUCAGUAAUUACCAACAGGACGUUAAUAUUGCCUCUACUCCAUGCUUUAGCAAUCUAAACAAAUCAUUUGAUGAAACAGAAAUUUUUACUAUUGAUGAAGAUGAUAUAGCAAUGAAUCAUCGUUCUAGUGAAUUUCUAGAUUACGCCAACGUUAAAACAACAAAAGAAUUUUAUAUGAUUGAUGUCAAAAAUGUUAACCUAUUCUCUUUAGAUACAUCUAAGCGCAAGGGAUUUCGUCUUUCAGCUUUACCAAGAGCAGAAGAAUUUUAUUCUUGCCAAUCGGACGCUGUAGCCAUUUUACAUGAUACUGCAAUACGUUUAGAAAUCACUAAAUACACGAAUGGAAAUGACAUUCUUAAUACUUCUACUAAACCUGAGAACAAUAAUAUAUUCGUUGAAGCAAGUGUUACCCAAACUCUACAAAUAUCACUGUCGCGAAAACAAUACGAACAAGUUCUUGAAACAAUUGAGAAUUUGUUUAAAAUUCCUUCAGAUUUGGUACGUCCUCCACCAGAUGUAUCAUCAUCUAGAAGUGAUCAUAUUGCGCUAAAUACCACUUUAGAUAAUUCAUCCUCGCCUUUUGAAUUAGAAACUCAAAGGCUUAGUCAAAAUUUUUCGUUUGUUAAAUCGGCUGAAAAAGUUAAUGAUUCCGUUAUACUUCCAAGAAUAUCGUUCACUUUACCAAUUUUUGUUAUACGUUUAAAAAAUGAGCAUGAAAAUCCACUAAUUGAUAUAGUGUUUCGUGAAUUUUCAGUGCAGUAUCAAAAAAUUACUGAAUAUGAAACUAGUUUAGAAGUAUCAUUACGUUCAAUACUGAUGGAGGAUUUGUUAUGUCCUAUCGACUCCAAAUAUCGUCAAAUGGUAAAAUCAUCUAGAGAAUGUAGUCCACAAAAUUCUGAAGUGUGUGGGUUUGGAGCUGGUCUUUCGUGCUCUUGUCCUGAUUUAGCUAAACUGCAAAUAGUGGACAACACUUCAAUAACUGGAUCUUUACCCGAUAAUUUAGAAAUACAAGCAGGUUUUGCAAACACAAAAAAAUAUGUUUCUAACCGAAACGUACAUCAACCACAACAGCAACAAAGGCGUCCAAGUAAAUUGAAUGUGCAACCAUUUGCUAGUUUAUGUCCAGAGACACCACCGCCUUCUCCACAACCAAAAGGAAUGGAGGAUAACUUAGUGAUAUAUUCGUCAUUUAUAGUAGACCCCAAUUGUACAGAAUUUCAAACCCGUUAUAAAUCAAUGGCUCAAACUAGUUCAAUUGAUUUUAAUAGUCUAGGUCUAGUAAUAUGUGUAGAAAGAUGGUUUUUACUUCUAGAUUUUUUUGGAUUGUUUUCGGAAGACGAGAAUGAAGUUUAUAAAAAUGAAGAGGAGGAUGAGCGACCUGUUGUCAAAGAAAUCUCAAAAGGCAAUUCCGAGCUUGAAAUUACCGUUCGUUCGUUAAAUUUAACUUUAGUUAGAAAUGAUGAAGAUUUAGCAAAAGCUAAUGUUUCGAAUGCGUUUUUUGUUGUUUCAAAGUCUAAUCAUAACAAAAUUGUAGAAGGAAGACUAGGAUCAGUUUCUUUAUACGACUUAACACCAUUUGGGAAAGUUUAUAGGGAAAGGUUUCUCACAAGUGGCUCAGAAGCUUUAAAUUUCAUUUAUAAACGUCAUGGAGAAAAGCAUAAUCAGAGAACUUUGAAUAAAGACGCUAGACUAAAUAUUACAAUGUCUUCAGUUCGUUAUGUCCACACAAAACGUUUUAUAAUGGAAAUCCAAGAAUUCAUUAAAGAAUUUUUACAGUUACAAACAACUGUUAUGAAAAAAAUCAAAUCAACAGAAACGAGGUUAUCAUUACAUCAUCAACGCCCAACACAACUCGGCUUGGAAAUAAAUGCUGGUUCCCCUAUAAUAAUACUUCCGUUAAGUUUUGAUUCCAACCAGUUAAUUGUUGCCGAUCUGGGUGAGUUUUCACUAAAAAAUAGUUUCCGGCUUUCUAGUGAAAAAGAUAUAAUUACCAAAAAAAGUGACAUAAAUGCACCGCACGAUGAAAUACUAGACGUUAUGCAAGUUGAUUUAUUGAACACAAAUUUGUUUACUGGAGAAAGAAUAUGCAAGAAAUUUUCAAGUCCAGAUGAUAUAUAUAAACAUAUUAACGAUAUUGAUAACAACAAAAAAAUUGAAAUAUGUUUGGAUAUGGGCGGUUAUUGGAUAACAAAACAGAGUAAGAGUUUAUUAAAAGAAAAAUGUCAUCUCAAGUUACAAAUAGAACGAAAUAUGGAUACAUGGAAAAGCCACAAUUGUCCAGAUGUCAGCGUGCAAGGAAUUUUGUCGCGUGUCGAAUGUGUUUUAGAUUUGGAGCAAUAUAAAUUAAUUAGGGGAUUUCUUGCUUACAACUUGGGUGAGCCAAUUAAUGAUGUAUACACAUCAUUUAACUCAUUCAGUUUAGCUGAGUCAAGACUUAAUUUAAAUGUUAACGACGACAAGUCGCCACAAUUUCCUGAUAAACUAGUCUGGACAAAUUUAUCGAUUAACCUAGAUUUGGAAGAUGUACUAGUGAUGUUGAAUUGGUCGCCAAACGAAUUUACCAGUGGAAUUGUGAAAGAUAAUUUAAGCGAUUUUACACAAUUAAAUAGUGAAUCACAAUACGAUUCGAUUAAUGAAAUAUCAUUUCAGAAACAAGAUUUUAAUUACAAUUUUGAAGAAUCCUUAGCAUGUAUAAAUUUUAUAAAAUCAUGUUUAAAAAUAGAUUGUUACAGUGAUGGUUCACAAGAUAUAGAUCUUGUAUCUCAAGAAAUUUUGGUAACAGAUUCCCGAUUUGAUGAACAUAUUGAAGAACCAUACACUGAGCCAAUGGGUCCCAAAAAUGUUUUUACAAAUAUAUUACAACCAAUUCGAAUGGGUUUUGACACGGAUAUUGUGCAAGCAGAAAUUCAUAGUCGUAAAAGAAAUGAUCAUUCCAAAUUUACGAUUUUAUUGAAUAAUAUGCGUCUGAUGGCUAUAAUUGACUGGAUCGAAAAUAUUCGUGAUUAUAUCAGUCAAUCGUCAGAUCCCCCACCUUCAGAAUUAAGGAACUUACAAAAUAAAAUCCCAAAUCUUGAUGUGCAAGCUGAAAAAGUUACACCAUUUGAAUUAAUUUUGAAUAUUACUGACUCCGAGCUGGUUUUGGUUGAAAAAACAGAUCAAUUGGAUACUAAUGCCGUGAUAUUGAAAAGCACAACAGUAGUUUCAUAUAAACCUCAAGAUAAUAUUAAGCCAAUGUCCGUUAAUUUAAAUCAUUUAGAAGUAUUUAGUUGUGUUUUAGGUUAUGAAGAUGAAACAGCUCUGUCUAUUAUUGAUCCAAUAACGGUUAAUAUGGAUUUAAAAAAUCAGCAAAUCGAAAUUCAAAUGCAAAAGCAGUUUUGCAUUCGUUUAUCUUAUCAUGAUGUAAAGAUGUUUACAAGAAUGUUUCAAUCACUGCCAAAACAAACGCGGAAAGCACAAAUACAACAGAAUGCCGCAAAAGCUGUGGAUUUUCAGCAACAAUCAGAGCAUUCGAAUUCAGCAGAAAACCAAGAAAUAUUUUGGAAAGAUAAAAUGAUUGCAAAACUCCAAUCUUUAGGAUAUGAAAAGCGUGAUUGUAUUACAGCUUUAGAAUUAUCGAAUAAUCAAUUAAACGAUUCGGCAAUGUGGUUGCUGCAAAAUCGAUUUCCUGUGGACAAUAAAUCACAAAAAAUUAACAUUUCAAAUGAUGUAGAAAAAUCAAAUAUUGAAGUUAACUCCAUUUUAAUAAAUGCACAUUGUAUAUCUAUAUUCGUAAUUGAUGAUUGCAAAGAUGCAGAUGUUCCCCUUUUGGAGUUAUCUUUAUCGCAAUUAAAUUUUACGCAAGAAUUAAAUAAAUACAUGUUUUCUUCUCAAUCCGCAGUCUUUUAUGGAUUGACCACAGGUUUUUGCCGAGGGCAUCUUGAUGCUGUAAUCGCUAGUGACUAUUACAAUCGUCAUUUAAGUGGCUGGGAACCAAUUAUUGAGCCAUGGGAAUGCUCUGCUGAUUGGAAUUAUAGUAAAGGGCGAUGUGCUGCUGAAACAAAUCGACUUAAUUUAAAUAUAAACAGCGAAAAGCUAUUAAAAUUUAAUGUUACAACAACAUUAAUAGAACUUUGGCAAUUAGUUCGCAACAACUGGACUCAAGAUUAUUACGAGGGAUUUACGCAGACUUAUUCUUCGGCGUCUUUAGCCAAAAAUGCACAUGGUAUCAUAUCUACUCCAAUAGCUUAUCGAAGGCGUACGCCAUUUGUUCCAUUUUCCUUAAAAAAUUCAACAGGAGCAGUGCUUCGAUUCAAAAUAUUGCUAACACAACCGGGUGGUAUAACUAGAACGGAAAUAUCUUGCUUAGAUGAAAGAGAAAGCCAAUGGAUUAAGGCAGAACCUAAUGAAAUAAUUCCGUUUUCGUUUGGGGCUCCAAAUAAAUUACGUCAUAUGGAUUCCCAUAAAUCCAACUUACAUCAAAUUCAAGUACAUAUUGACGGAUGGACAAAAGUUGGUCCCGUGUCAAUUGACCGUGUCGGAAUAUUUUUUAGACAGGCUCGUCGUGAAUCUAGUGAGUUUCCAGAUAUGCCAAAAUGUAGAAUAGUAUUUGCCGUAACGUUAGAAGGUUCUGCUCAAAAAUUGAUAGUUGUUCGUUCAUCUUUAAGAGCGCAUAAUAAAUUAGAAGACACUAUUAUGGUAAAAAUGGAUCACCCAUUUCAUUACAUGGGAGUUCCCGAUUGGCCUCAAGCCAAAACUGCUUUAAUAAACCCAAAAGAAAUUUUCAAUGUUCCUUUAAGUCACAGUAAUGCUUCACUUUAUUUUAAGCCAAUUUAUAAUUUGAUAAGCGCAAUUGAUGAAAAAAAUGGUAAUUUUAUUGUAUCUCCCUCAUCCGAUACCAAGCAAAAUAUGAGCAAUACAAAUGGGAAUGAGACAUGGAACAAUCAGUCAAAGCGCAAUUCAACAAGCUAUGGAAAUGGUAACGGAAAGUACUUUCAAUUUUGCGACAAAAGCGUUAAUUGGCGUGACAUUCAAGAAGAAAUUUUUCAAGAACAAAGAAUUUGCAAGGGAAACAGAGACAAGUUUUACAAUAUCAUAGUAGCGGUUCGUCGUGAUGGUUAUCCCCAAAAGGACGGUAUAGUCAAUUUACCAGGUCAUACAAUUAAACUUGUGCCUCCAUUGAGAAUAUACAACUUACUAUGUUGUGAUCUUUUAUAUAAAAUUUCAAAUAUUCAAGGGCGGCUGCAACCUUCACAAAAAGCGAAUAUACAAGAGAUAAAUUUGGAUGAACCUAUCCAACUAAAUAUAAGUUUGGAUGGAUAUAAGGUAUCCGGGCAGCUUUUAAUACCUCCUCGACAUGUGGGAACUGUUGAACCUAAAUUACGCUUAAUGGAUCUUAAUAAUCGUGAUCUACAUUUAAGCGCUUCAAUAUAUGCAAAUAAAGGGAAUGGAAUCGAAAUAUUUAUUAGUGCCCCUUUUUGGCUGGUUAAUAAAACUGGAUUACCUUUAGUUUUUCGACAAGAAGGGGCUGGACAUGCAGCAUCUGGUCAAUUUGAAGAGCAUGAAAAAGCCAGAGUUGUUUCACCUUUAAUGUUCUCUUUUUCGGACACUGAUGCAUCACCUGCAUUGCAAAUUAGGUUAGGUAAUCGUUAUGGCGAAAAUUCUCCAUGGUGUCAAGGAUUAAGUUUACACAAGGAAAUAAUACACAGACAUCUUAAAGCACCUUAUACAAAUGAAACAUUUGUUAUAGGUGUUGAAGUAAGAAGGGGUCGCGGCAGAUAUUCAAGAACAAGCGUCGUGACAUUUUCGCCACGGUUUCAACUGUAUAACAGAAGUUCGCAUAAAUUACAAUUUGCACAAAAGUGUUCAAUUGAAGAUGCGAUUGAUCCUAAUUUUGGUGCCACAAUUAUUGAUGCUGUGCCAGGUUGCCAUUUUCCAUUUCAUUGGCCAAAAUCAGAUAAGGAGCAGUUAUUAUGUGUUCGUUUUGCAGACAACGACACUUGCUGUUGGUCUAGUGGAAUUCCAAUUAACGAAGCUCAAAGUUUGUACAUAAACUGUCGAAGUCAUUUAGGUGAAAUGCGUUUCUUACGUCUCGAAGUUGUUCUUCAAGGUGCUACAUAUUUUCUGUUAUUCGGUGAUGCUAACACACUUCCUCCUCCAAUAAGAAUAGAUAAUUUUUCCGAAGUUCCAAUUAAGUUUUUUCAAUACGGCUGCAAACAAUGGCCUACAACUGUUAAGCCACAUUCAUCUAUUUCGUAUGCUUUAGAUGAUCCUAUGGGAAGCAAAUGCAUACAAGUUGAAGCACCUGGAGGAGAUUCUUAUGUAUAUUCUCUUAGGGAUUUAAAUGUAUCAAAUAUUUUGACGUACUCAAAUUUCAUAUAUAUUGCAUUCAAAGAAACUUUUACAACCCCUUCAAUAUCUGAAAAUCUUUUUAUGGCUACCGAAUUUGAAGCAGUUGGAUGCCAGCAUUUAGUUUUAGGUGUACGAGAUAAAAAAGUAGUUUUAAUGAGGAAAUGUGCUGGCGAUAGAAGUCAGUUAUGGUUAAUGAAUUCGAAUGAGCAGUUGGAACAUGAGGGAUCUUCACCACCCACAGAACCCGGAAGAAAAACUUCAAAUCUCAAUCCGCGAUUAGUUUUAGAUUUAGAAAAAGCACCUAAUCCAAAUGAUUACACCCCUCUUGUUGUAAGGACUGUUAAUAAACAAAGAGAAUCAACACAAACAUGGAAGUUUACAAAUAACAGAUUAAUGUGCAGACACGCUAAUAUGUGUGUUCAGGUACGAAACGGUAUGUUUGGUCUGCGAUCUGAUUCUGAAGCGGUCCUUGGGCGAAUAGAAUCAGAUACAAGAUCGCGAACUGCUGACGAUUAUCAAAUACCAAUUGAACAAGCAAUCGAAAGACAAAAAUUAAGACCGGGAUCUGGGCAACUGAAGAUAAUAAUGCGUAUGGAUGGACCUAUUAAAACUAUUCAAAUUCGUGACGUUCAGUCCACAUCAGAUGCACCUUUAAAUCCAGAUCCACUAUGGAAACAUGCGUCGCAUGUUCUCCCUACGUAUAACAAAAAUGCCAUGUUAUUUACGAUAGGAAACAAAACUGACUUCAUAGAUGAUUGCUAUAUAAAAAUUAAUCUCGCUAAAGGAGUUGGAGUAUCACUAGUGUCACGUCAUCCAAAUGAAGAAAUUGCAUAUAUUACACUCGAAAAUAUAUUAUUAGAAACAGUUGCUACACCAUAUGUUCGUUCGAUAGACUUAAAUGUUGGAUUAAUGCAAAUUGAUAAUCAACUUUUGGAAUCGCCUUGUCCUAUUUUACUUUACACUUCAAAAUCGUCACUAUAUGAUACACCACCAGACACAAGUUUUGCUUUAGUUUUUAAUGCAAAAAUGUUACCCAGUCCUAAUGAAAACGCCGUCAUUUUUGAAAGGGUCGUGUUAAGUUUAAAACCGUUUAUACUGUUUCUAGAAGAAAGAUUUAUCUUGCGUUCUGCAUAUUUUUUUGGAUUGGGCGAGUCUCAAGCCACAGCGACAGCACUAGUUGAUGAAUCAGAAUUUGAAGCACAACAAAUAGCUACAAAAAUUUUAGCUGCAAAUGCAAAACGAUAUUAUUUUGAAAAUCUUCAAAUAAGUCCCAGUCAGAUACGUUUAAGUGUUAUAACAUCUUCUAAAUUAUCACCACAACUGACUGAAAUUAAAAAAAAAUUGGGAUUAAAAUUGAUAAAAUUUGAAGAUGCCGUAAUAGAUUUUGAUAAAUUUGCAGAUCGACAUCAUUUUGAAACGUUAGAUAUUUACUUAAGAGCAAUAAAAAAUCACUAUAAAAAUUUAAUAAAAUGGCAAGCAGGUUCAAUUUUGGGUUCAGUUGAUUUUCUCGGUAACCCAUUAGGCUUUGCAAAUGAUUUGUCGGAGGGUGUGUCUGGUCUUAUCUUCGAGGGCUCUGUCAAAAGUUUAGUACAGAAUGUUACACAUGGACUAUCCAAUUCCACUGCAAAAUUGACCGAAACUUUAUCUGACGGCUUAGGUAGAGUUGUAUUAGAUGAGCACGAUCAUGAUACUCGUCAGAAAAUUUUGCAAGUAUCCACAGGCCCAAACACUUUUAGUGAACAUUUAACUGCAGGCAUAAAAGGUUUAUCCUUUGGGUUAUUAGGCGGUGCUACAAGUAUUGUGAAACAUACAUAUGAGGGUGCUCAAACUGAUGGAUUGAAUGGUUUUAUAAGUGGAUUAGGAAAAGGUAUUUUAGGAACUGUUACAAAACCAAUAAUUGGAUUUUUAGAUUUAGCUUCAGAAACAGCAAACGCUGUACGUGAAACAAGCAAAAGCGCCCAUAGAAUUUUACCUGAGAGGAAACGGCUUCCAAGAUGUACGUCAGGAGCUCCCGGUGGAUUAUUGCCUCGAUAUUCGUACACUCAAGCAAAAGGUCAACAACAUUUAUAUUUGAUAAAUAAAAGAAAUUUUACAGAACAAUUAAUGUCAUAUGAACCCAAUUUAUUCGAUGAUCGGGACUCUAAAUUACGAUUAUUAGUAUCAACAGAAUAUGUGCGAAUAUUCUCUAGAACAGAAGAAGAAACAACAAUAAUACUACAAUUUCAUUUAAAAGAAGUUUUAAGUUGUCACCCAGUAACUGUGAAUAAAAAUGAAGGAGAUGCAAAAAAGAUAAAGCGUGCACAAUAUUACGUUGAAAUAUCUUCAAAUGUACCAAAUCAAUCUAAAAGGCCCAGAGUUCGCUGUCAGACUGAAGAGAUGGCUGAAAAAGCUUCUCGACAGAUUAACUACGCGAAAAGUGUAUAUGAUGAACGCGAGCAAAGUUUGUAUCCUGAAAUGCUGGAAUAAACCAAAUCAAAGAAAUAGUAUAUAUGUUUAUAUUUUAACUCAAAUAUGAUUUAUAAGGUUCUAAUCAUCGUUAAAUAUUUUAUUUGUUAAAAAAACUUUUUUAGGUUGUAAUUUGACAAAAUUGUUGAAUGAAUUUCAAGAAUUGUUUUUUUUCUCCUACAUUGUAUAGUAUUAAUUUAUGAAAAUCAAUUAUACCGAUAUUUUAAAAUGAUAACGUGGAAAAAGGUUAAUCAAGCAUUUAGUGAAUUCAGCAACUUUAUUUAUUUUGUAUUAAUCGGACGAUUUAUAGAAGCUAACGUAUGCAUAACCAAAACGAUACAAAAUCAUUAUAUCAGUUAUUUUAAAAAAUUUAAUUAAUGUUCUUGUUUUUUAUUACCUCUCUUAAUUAGUGAGUAGAAUAAGCUAAAAAUUUUUGUUUGUAUUAAAAAAAAAUUAUUUGAAAGAAAUUGUUUAAAAAGAACUGCGCGAUUUAUCAAUAAAUGUACAUCACAAUAUGGCAACCUAAAAGUACAUCGGAAUAUAAAAUAUACAUACAUUUUAUAAAUUAUGAAGCAAAAUAUUUAAGUCUUUAUAAAAAUAGUUAAGUCUUUAAUUUAAUAUUAUUGAUUAUCAAAAUGAAUAUUAUUUCAAUUAGUUUCUCAACUUAAUAUUAUUUUAAAGAAUAUAAAAAUAUUGUUCUAAAAUUUCUUUUUGGUAAAAAUUUUGUAAUGUUGUUUUAACGACACUGAAUAUGUUUAUAAUUUUCAUAAAAAUUAUGUAAAAAAAUUAAAAAUAUUCAUAACGUAUACGCAUAGAAUAAUUAAAUCAAAAAUAAAAUUUGUUGAAAGUUGAAUU